AUGCCAUUGGAAAUGGGACAGUCUCUGGUACAGGUGCCACCACUGGGAAAAGCAGAGGACUCACCACUGCCUGGAGCAGCUGCUGCCCCUCAAGGGGAGCUCUCCAGCCUUGAAGCUGCCCGGCAGCUUUUCCGACGCUUUCAGUACCAGGUGCUGUCUGGGCCCCAUGAGACCCUGAGGCAACUUCAGAAGCUCUGUUUCCAGUGGCUGCAGCCAGACGUUCACAGCAAAGAGCAGAUCCUGGAGCUCCUCAUGUUGGAGCAGUUCCUGACCAUCCUGCCUGGGGAGAUCCAGACAUGGGUGCACACACAGUGUCCCAGCAGUGGAGAGGAGGCAGUGACGCUGGUGGAGAGCUUGAAGGGCGAACCCCAGAGACUGUGGCAGUGGAUCAGCAGCCGGGUUCUGGGACAGGAAAGCUCACCUGAGAAGGUGGAAUCUACAGACUGCCAAGUGAGGGAGGCAGAGGCCAGUCCUGAAGUGGUGCUUCAGGUGCUGGGACUUCAGAAUUCAGCCUCAGGGCCUGAGGAGCAGCUGAGCCUCAUCAUCAAAGAGGAAGCUGUCACUGAGCCAGAAUUAGUGAUAGCUGGUCCCCAGCUGCUUUGCAGAUCCAGGGAAAGGCUCAUCAGCAACCAGGACUCUGAAGACUCCCUUCUUCAAGCAUCAUCUCAGGAGCAGUUGAGGCACUUGGAUUCUACUCAGAAGGAGCACUACUGGAACCUCAUGCUGGAGAACUAUGGGAAAAUGGUGUCAGGAGACACUGCCAGUUCCAAACCUGACCCAGCUAAUUCAGCAGAGUGUGGUGAAGAGCUGGUAAGGCUGCCCCUUCAUGCCAGCAAGAAGAUCCAAGCUCCCACCUGCAAUGGAGAGAAGCAGGAGAACAGCAAAGAGAAUCUAAACUUGGAAACCUGUUGGGACCAACAGCCUCCAGAUGUCCCUUGUCACAUCUCAGGAGAGGCCCAUCCUCAGAGUUCAGACUUUAUGAAGCAUCAGAGAAUCCAUACAGGAGAGAAGCCUUGCAAGUGUGAUCACUGUGGGAAAGGUUUCAGGGACUUUUCCGGAUUACGCCACCAUGAGAAAAUCCACACAGGAGAGAAACUCUAUAAGUGUCCUCUUUGUGAAAAGAGUUUCCUCCACAAAUCCCACUUUAAUAGACACCAGUCCGACUUUAGUAGACACCAACAGAUACACACAGGAGAGAAACCCUAUAAAUGUUCACUCUGUGAAAAAAGUUUCAUUCGGCGGUCCACUUUAAAUACACACCAGCGGCUGCACACAGGUGAGAAACCCUAUGAAUGUUCUCUCUGUGAAAAGAGUUUCAUUCAGAUGUCUUCCUUUAAAAAGCACCAGCAUUUCCACACAGGAGAGAAACCUUAUAAAUGUCCUCUCUGUGGAAAUAAUUUCAUGCAGUGGUCUGACUUUAAUAGACACCAGUGGGUCCACACAGGAGAGAAACCCUAUAAAUGUCCUCUCUGUGAAAAGAGUUUCAUUAAGAGGUGCAGCUUAAACAGACACCACCAGGUCCACACAGGGGAGUAA